AUGCAGGCGUGGGGUCUUUGGGUGAGUGAUCCCCCCUCUACGACGCGCAAUAAAUGCAGACUUGGACUAAAUCUAUUCUCAGACCUCAAGCGCGCCAUCUCUGCCAUCUCGGAUAUCCCGGAUUCACUCCUGCGGGCCGAACUCCAACGACGAAAUGUAGCUCGAUCCUCAGACUCCGCUGGUGAUGCCCCGGCCUGUGGCUCUGGCCAAAGAGGCGAUUAUAAUACAUCACUACAUGUCAUGGCUCUCUUCUUGAUUCUGGGCCUGAGCACAUUUGGUACGUUACUGUCGUCUCGUUCUCUCUUCCCCUUAAAAUUGAUAGGCUUAACGUUGACCAUCAAUCUCACUGCAGCCUGCUCAUUCCCUGUCCUUGCGCGCCGAUUCCCUGGCCUUCCGAUCCCUCGCCGCUUCCUCUUCAUAUCAAGGCAUUUCGGAACCGGCGUGUUGAUUGCGACCGCUUUUGUCCACCUCCUGCCAACCGCAUUUGUAUCGUUGACCGAUCCAUGUCUUCCGCGGUUCUGGAGUCGGACGUAUCGCGCCAUGGCAGGUUUCGUGGCUAUGACUGCUGUUUUCGCCGUGGUCUUGGUUGAAAUGUUUUUUGCGAUGAAGGGUGCAGGCCACGUCCACGCGAAUGAUUAUGAUACGCUCAUGGGAGAUUUGGGCCGUGAUUCCAUGGAUGACUUCCAGCGCCAAGACUCGAGUUAUGCGCAUUUGGGGGCCAGGGCACCAUCUGGCAAUAUCCAUAUGGAAGGCCUACACCAGGAUGGCCAUGGAGAUGCUGAAAGAGCUUCUGGCUCUUCGCACGAUUUUGACCGGUCUCCUCUCGGUGGUUCUCAUCCAGAUAAGGAGGAUGCGGAAGAUGACGUUGAUAUUGAGGGCCUUGACCCGUAUGCGGAUGACGUUCCUAUUAAUGGACAAGCACAACAAUCUUCAGGUCCUCAUCACCGUCACCGGGCACGGACGAAUCCCAACUAUAGGCCUCAAGAUGACUUGACCUCGCCGACGCAGAACCCCCAGCGACAGCUUCUUCAGUGUCUUCUCUUGGAGGCCGGUAUUCUAUUCCACAGUAUUUUCAUCGGUAUGGCUCUCAGUGUCGCGACUGGCACUUCAUUCGUGGUUCUCCUCAUUGCCAUCAGUUUCCAUCAGACCUUUGAAGGGUUUGCCCUGGGAUCGCGUAUUGCCUCUCUCAUCCCCGAUCUCUUCUCGCCGUCUUCCGCAAAGCCGUGGCUCAUGUGCCUGGCAUACGGAACGACCACUCCUAUCGGCCAAGCCAUUGGCCUUGUUUUACACAAUCUCUAUGACCCCGCAAGCACGACGGGAUUGCUCAUGGUGGGUAUCACCAAUGCGAUCAGUAGCGGCUUGCUCCUCUUUGCGGGUCUGGUGGAGUUGCUUGCCGAGGACUUCUUGAGUGAGUCGAGCUAUGAAACUCUCAAGGGUAGACGGCGUGUUGAGGCUUGUAUAUCAGUUGCCUGUGGAGCUCUUCUGAUGGCUUUCGUUGGGGCUUUCGCCUAG